AAAAUUAUUCUGUUGUGCUAAUAUUUAGGUACUGACCAUGCCAAUGUUGGGAGAUUUAUGUUUUUUGAAUUGCAUUGCAGGUAGCUUAGGGACAUCAAAUAUUAAACUCUUCAACUUAGGCACAGCUGGUAAACGAGUCGGAAUUUCACAACAGUAUGGUAUAAGAAGUUUGACCAGUAGGAAGUCACUACAAAACACCCAUUUGAUCGCAUCACAACGAUCAGUUAAAUUUUUAACUGCAUGCAGUGGCCCAUCAUUAAAAAUCCAGUCUGCUACAAGUUCAGAAGAUGAUUCUAAAGAGGUUAAGUCUUCUGGCCCAAUAAGUGAACUUAUUCCCAAUUUCAAUGAGGUGCAAUUUCUGCUCAAUGAAGUGUGUGACACAAAAUCAGUUCAGGAACUAGAAUUGAAGCUUGCUGGGUUCCACCUGCAUGUAGUGCGGAAUUUUGCCGAGCAAAGUACAACUGUACCUCCUUCAACAUCCUCUUCUGUUAGUGCAAACACUGUCACAGAAUCAUCUGAUUUGAAUGGAUCAGUUUCCACAUCAUCUUUGGCCAUCUCUAAACCAGAAGCUUCUUCGGGGAGUAAGGGACUUCUGGAUAAAGCUGCAGACGAAGGUUUGGUUAUAGUUACAUCCCCAAGGGUUGGGUUCUUUCGGACAUCUCGAACCAUAAAGGGAAAGCGUGCCCCACCAUCAUGUAAAGAGAAGCAAAUAGUAAAGGAGGGCCAACCCAUAUGUUACGUAGAACAGCUUGGUGGUGAACUGCCAAUCGAGUCCGAUGUAUCAGGGGAGAUCGUGAAGAUUCUUAAAAAGGAUGGAGAGCCUGUUGGAUAUGGUGAUGCACUUAUUGCAAUCUUGCCGUCAUUCCCAGGAAUAAAGCUUCAGUAGACAUUAUGGUGGUUGUUUCGUUGUGCUAUUAGAAUCAAUAAACCGGGAAUUGUGUAUACAGAAAGAGAUGAUCAAAUUUGCUGUUUCGUCCUUUGUUGUCUGUUACAGUUAGCUGUUAGCAAAUUCUUUGCGUUUUAUUACUUUGCCUAUGGUUCUAGGAAGAAACUGAGAAACAAAUACUCCCAAACAUAAC